CACAUACAGGAAUACCACUAAAUAAUAAAGUAGAUGAACUAGCUCAAAAAGGAACAAUAAGUAAAAUAAUAGUAGAUCUUAACUAUGAACAUCCGUUUGUAGAAAACUAUCAAUUAAAAAAUGGAAACAAAUUCUUAGAUCAUCCAAUACAAGAAUUAAUCAAAAACAUCAAAACUUUAAUUCACUCAAAACUAACAAAUGGAAAAAUAUCAAGUACAGAUCAAAGUUUAAGAAUAUUCAGAAUUAAAAUAAUAUGUGACGAAUUACCAACAUACGCAAGAUUAAAUAACCUCAAAGAAGAAAUAUAUGAUAGUCUUAAAUGUCCAAGAUAUAAAACACAAGAAGA